CGGCGCGGCGCGGCUCAGUCGGCUCGAGUGGUUUGGUAACGGAGAGUUGGCCCCGGCCCUGCAGUCCUCUGCCGCAGUCGCUGGGCUGCGCCGCCGCCGCCGCCGUCGCCGGGACGCGCCGCCGAGCCCUUCGUCGCCUCCAGUCCCGCGGCCUCGGUUCGCCUCGCCUGCCGCACGCCCACCAUGACGAAGACUGAGAAGAAGUCCUUCCAUCAGAGCCUGGCCGAGUGGAAGCUGUUCAUCUACAACCCGACCAGCGGAGAGUUCCUGGGGCGCACCGCCAAAAGCUGGGGUCUCAUCUUGCUCUUCUACCUAGUUUUCUAUGGGUUCUUGGCUGCACUCUUCACAUUCACAAUUUGGGCCAUGCUCCAGACACUGAAUGAUGAGAGAUUUCCAGAAUACCGAGACCAGAUUACUAGUCCAGGACUCAUGGUUUUUCCAAAACCAAUGACUGCCUUGGAAUAUACGUACGACAUGUCUGAGCCCAGUACUUACGGGAAGUUCACCGCAGACCUGAAGAGGUUCCUAGAGCCAUAUUCUGUAGAAGAACAGAAGAAUCUCACAAACUGCCCUGAUGGAGAAGUUUUUGAACAGAAUGGUCCAGUUUAUCAAGCAUGUCAGUUUCCAGUUUCCUUGCUUCAAGAUUGCAGUGGUGUGAAUGAUGCUGAUUUUGGCUAUUCCAAAGGCCAACCUUGUAUUCUUGUGAAAAUGAACAGAAUAAUUGAAUUAAUACCACUGGGAGUUCCACGGAUAGUGUGCGGGCCAAAGGAAAAUAACAUAGCAAAUAUAUCAACUUAUCCUGACCAGGGAGUUAUAGACUUAAAGUAUUUUCCAUACUAUGGGAAAAAACGGCACGUUGGGUAUCGACAACCCCUAGUUGCUGUCCAGGUCAUCUUUGGAUCUAGUACUGUCAAGAAAGAAGUAACAGUUGAGUGCCAAAUUGAUGGACCAAAGAACCUAAAAAACAAGGAUGACCGUGACAAGUUUUUGGGACGAGUUGCGUUCAAGGUCACAGUGAGCCCCUAGAAGUAGGGCAUCUCCACAGAAUAAACGUCUGUCCCCAUUUUGUAUCAGCUGGACCUGCCAUUCUAGGAUGAUGAGGCCACCUUGGAGGAGGUGGUGUGGUACACACACUGGGAUGACAUCAUAACGUGCUUCCAGAUCAUAGUGUUCAGUGUCCUCUGAAGUAACUGCCUGCUGCCUCUGCUGCCCUUUGAACCAGUGUACAGUCGCCAGAUAGGGACCAGUGAGCUCCCAGUUCCAAACAUGCAGAGUGGGGGUCUCGUCUUCUGUGUGUAAUUGCCAAACGUCUAAAGCUUCAUGUGCUGUGCUGUGUAAAUAUUUCAUGGAUUUAACACUGGUAACUGUCAUAUUUUGAUGCCAACAAAGUUUAGGGAUAAAAUGGUACCUUGCCAACAUCAAGUGACUUUAGCUGCAAGAAAUGUGUGAGAAGUUCUGUAUGUGAGGAGGAAAAAGAAAUAAAAGUGGAUCUCAAAGUA